AUGUCGUCUGCUUCAUCAACCCCAAGGAGUAUUUCUCCUUGCUUCAAUGUUGUUGAACGCUCUACUGGCAGACGCUUUUUGGCACAAAGGAAGCCUUUGGAUGAAGAAUUGGAAAGGGAUAUUCAAAUGCAUAAUGUUCUACGUGAAUCGCCUGAUCUUGCUCAAUUACACCAAGUUUUGGUGGAGGAUAGUGAAGCUGUGAUUGUUUAUGGAAACGCAGAUCGCUCCUUUCUUGACUCUUUACUACCUCCGCCAUCUAGACGUUCACAUUCAAGAUCUCCUUCUACAUGUCAAGUUGGGGAAUCAGCACCCCGUCCUUCUGGAGCUAGAGAAGAACAAGUACAGGUAGAAAAGGGAUCUCUCUUUCUGAUUCAGGAAAUUCUUUCCCAGAUUUUUGUAAAACAACUACUAACAGCUCUAGCUUAUAUGCAUAGUCGAGGGAUUGUUCAUUUGGAUUUGAGACCCGAAGUUAUUUUACUGCAAGAUGACCAUCUUCGACUUGCCGAUUUUGGUCAAAGCAGACGGCUAAUCAAUGGAAAACUGAUGGGUGGUUCGAUUAAAUCUAACCCAGAAUUUGUUUCUCCCGAAGUAGUAGCUGGAACAGAACCAGUCACUUUAGCAGCUGAUAUGUGGAGUGUUGGAGCUCUUACUUACGUUCUCCUUUUUGGUCAAUCACCUUUUCUUGGUGAUAAUGAUGAAGAAACUUUGCAAAAUGUAUUAAAAGGGGAGUUUCAGUUUGAUGAUACAAACCAACAAAUUUCUUCAAAUGCUCGUGAAUUUGUUAAGAAGCUUUUAGUUAGAGAUCCACAUGGACGUAUUGAUGUUCAACAAGCAUUGACUCAAGAGUGGUUAUCCGAUCCUUCCUUAGACGAUGCUAAGCUUUCAACUGAUUGCUUACGUGAAUUUAAAUAUCGACAUCAAUGGCUCGAACGUCGAGUAUUUGUACAACAAACUCCUUCGGAGCAAUUGACACAAAUGGUAGAAGCACCUCGAGCUUUGUGUACUGCGAGCAGUAAAAGGCCUACAGCGGAGCCUGCUACGCCUUCAGAAAUUUCUAGAAGGGAACCUUUAGCCGUAUAUGAUUAUUUGCAUAUUCGAGCUGAAGAACAAGCAGCAAAACAGCCCUAUUUUGCCCAACAAAUUCAAUCUCAAAGACAGAAGGGUCUUUCUCCGUUGCCAAUGCGUGAAUCUCCUACACCUAGAGGUCAAAAUAAUUUUGGUGGUCAACACUUUGGAGACAGAGGAGGACAACAACAACAACCUCCUUUCCCCAUACCUCCUUCAAAUAAACGAAGUCAAUCUCCUGGAACGCCUCGAUUUCCAACAGAACCUCCACCUAUUCCAGACUGGAUUGUCUCUCAAUUACCCCCAGGCGUUAAAAAAGAACAUUUGCGAUGGGACCCCUAUGGAGGAGGAUUUUAUUUGCCACCAGAGUUUCAACCAAAAGGUCAGGGAGCUCCGCCACCCUUACCUCCACGUAGUAGAAGUGGCUCAUCGGAACGAUCAGCCCCUGGUGGGGGAUAUCAACAGCAAACUGGACCACCACAAUUCGCACCUUUACCUGCAGGAAUUUCAAAGAAAAUUGAGGAGAUGGCUGCAGCUGCGGCAAAGAAACAAAAACAACCACAACAGCAACAAAAACUGACUCCUGAAGAGACCGAAUUCCUUGCUGAUUUGGCUAAGCAAUUUGGAAUUACUGAAUUAAAAUUAGAGGAUUUAAAAAACCCUCAAUCAGCUCUUAUGAAAUUAAUUAGAGGAGAGCGUCGACAGAUUCAAGAGGAGCUUGCUAAUCGUGUUCUUUCCGAUAUUUCCGAGGAAAGCGGUGGAGGUGAUUCGAAUAGCUCAGCCACCCAAAACAGUGAACGUUCCUCUGGUACAACUACUCCUCGCCCGCAAAAACAGGUUCCUCGAAGAACAACAACCCCAAUAGACGCUAUGGAUGCUGACGGGGAAGGGAGUACAACAACAACAGCUGAACAUGAAGGUCCUUCCUCCAGUACGGUAACUCCCUUAGCCUCUCCCGCAUUUAUGGCCGAAUCUCCUCCUCCACUUAAUCAACAAUUACAACAUUUUUUCCCAUCAGAGAAACUUCCAGAUGAUAUUUCUUCCCCACCUGAAAUACUUGAUGAAGCAGAACAGCAUUUUACUAGCAAACAUCUUCCCCUUCAAAUCCCAGAUUUUGGUAUAAAAUCACCCGUACAACUUUCACCUCGCGGGGAACAUACAAUGAGUGUUCAGAUUGUGCCGAAGAAAGAGGCCCUCUCACCUAAUUCAACUGUCCAAAAACCUUCCCCUUUCCGUCACUUGCCUGAUACAGAAUUUGAUUUACUAAUGGAUGCCGUUGAUCGAGUUAAGCGUGAUCAAGACAAACGAAACUCUGAGCAAACCCCAGCACUAGUUAAACAAGAAGAAAAAGACCUAAAAAGUUAUAGACCAUAUUCAGCUUAUGCUGAAUAUGAACGUGAAGUAAAAAGUUUACAAACUCUUAAAAAUAUUAGUGGAGAUGAAGAUUUUGCCUGGGAAUCAAAUUACCAAAUUGGGCCAGAAACUUUAUUGGUGCCAACUUUUGGAGCUCGUUUUAAUGCUCGAGUUAGAGAUUAUAGACGUGGAAUUUGGGGAGAUUCAGCUGCCUAUGUUUUUUCUGGAGAGCUUGGAGCGAGAAAUACAGAUGUGACGGUUAGAGAAAGGCGUAGAUAUACUGAUUUAAUAAGAGAGGAACCUCUCGUUGCGAAAUCAGUAGAUAACGUCCUUGAAGGCUUACUCCAAACCCAUGAAGGUGCACAACGCCGAGUAACUAAUGGGGAUGAAAUUGAAGCCCAAGGAACGACUUCUCCUGAAGCGUUACAAAAUGGAGGCGAAAAAAAAUUUGCACCCAUUUUCCGUUCACGUCUACGUGAUGGUUAUUUUUCUGAGAAUUCUCCUUCGGUUUAUAUGGAAUGUCAACCUAUCGGUAACCCUCCGCCUGAGGUUACCUUUUUUCAUCACGAAAGUGCUCUAUGUGAGGAUGGUCGGCAUCAAAUUACUCGUUUAGGGAAUAACAUAUGGAGAUUAACCAUUUCAAAACCUCUACCCGGUGUGGAUACAGGAGAAUACUCAUGUGUCGCUACAAACGAAUUGGGGCGAGAUAAAUGUAUUUGUAAAUGUAUUGGAGGAGGUAGAAAAGGAUAUUAUUUGAAUUUAAUAAUUAAUUCUAAAGAACCGCCAAAUCGUCCUUCCCGUCCCGAAGUUGAAUUAUCUGCGGAUACGGAAGUUUAUGUCAGUUGGGAAGCACCUGAAAGGUUACCGGUUACGCUAAACGGAACUACUUAUCGGAUUGAAUGUAGACCCGCAGGUGAACGUGAUGCUUUUGCUACUUGGACAUGUUUAAGUAAUUGUGUUGAGGAAGAAGCUGUGGUGAUUAAGCAUUUAUUGCCUCAAGGCAUUUACCAAUUUCGUGUAACUGCUAAAAAUGAAUUUGGAUGGGGAGAGCCUUCAAUACAUUCAAGAAUUAUUCGAACACAUCCUCGAGGUCGAACAGAUCCUCAAAAAUAUUUUAUUUCAUUUUUAGGCGUUCCAAAAUUUAAUUUGGAUGUAUUACGCAAAGAAGGGCGUCGUUUUACUGUAGUUAUUAUGCCGCAGAAGAGUAAAGGCCCAGGACUUAGCGAAAUUCAAGAGGAAUUGGCUGAAAGGGAGGAGGAAGAAGACGAAGAAGGAGUUGAAAUACAAAAUGAUGAAAAUACUAGGAAGGAUUCUUUAAGGAAUGGAUCUGUUAAUGGGAACGGAAAUGGGUUUUCGAAAAAACUGGAAACAGAACUUUUCCGUGGCCAGUUUAGCGUUAUACGUUAUGCCAUUGACUCCAAAACAAGUUCCCAUUGUAUAGUUAAAAUACGUGCCUCACCUACUCAUGGUUCAUUAAUGUUUGCAACGCCAGCAGAGCGUAUGAAGGCUGCAUUAAUUGAAUACGAAACGCUAUCAGAGUGUCAACAUGAAAAUAUCGUUCAACUUCUAGCUGCUUAUUGUUCUGACAAUGCUUUCCAACUUCUUUUUAUGGAGCGUCUUUAUGAGGAUAUUUUUCAUAGAUUUGUGAGGCUGGAGACAUAUUCUGAGGAACAAAUAGCUUUUGUUAUUCGUCAAAUUGUUGGUGCUCUUCGAUGGAUCCACUUCUGUGGAUUUGUUCACGGUGAUGUUGAACCUACAAACGUUAUGUUCACAACAAAACGAGCUUGGCAUGUUAAAUUAAUUGAUUUUGGGAGAGCUCGGCUUAUAGGUUCGCGUAAUGGAUUAGCCGGUGAUGGACAGUUACUUGAAGAAUGGACUGCUCCUGAAGUUUUAUUAUUAACAACUAAAAAGACGUCUAAUGGAUUGGAAAAUAAUUCUGCCAAAAAUAAUGAAGAUCAAAGCAUACUGGCUAAUCAGCAAAGUGAUAUGUGGGGUCUUGGCCUAAUUACUUUUUGCCUACUUGCUGGCUUUCAUCCAUUUGCUGAUGAAACGGAUACGCCUCAAGAAGUACGGCGUAAUGUGCUUGAACAACGUUGUGAUCCGAACCUUGCAAGCGAAGAAGCACUCAAAUUCGUUUUCUGGGCUUUAAAGAAACAGCCAUCGAGAAGAAUGCGUACAGACGAAGCACUUACACAUCGUUGGUUAGCAUCAGACCAAGCAAUGGUUCGCCGACGUGAAAAUAUAAAAUAUGGUUCCUAUCGGCUUAUACGUACAGCAAAACGUCGCCUUCAGCAUCAAUGCCAGUUUGCACGAAAUGGAGUUGGAGGGAAUGAAAGGCAGUUGGAUAAAGCUGAGAAUGGAACUGCGUUUAGUCAGAAUAGACGGCCUGAAAUAAACAGAUCUUCAACAUCCCAGAACAAUGGGAUACCAAGGCAGCGAAUUGUUUCAGCUGAAUGUUAA